CCUUUAAUAGGUGGUCCGUUGUACAAGUGCCUCGGUCCUAUAUCACUAUAAUAUAGGUCAGCGGAUAGCAAACCUGGGUCUUGACUGGCUUUCGACCGGGUACUCGACUCUCGAAUGGGAAUCGGGCGCCCGGUGGUGCGACCGCUACUGCGACUUCGACUUGCUUCUGGAAGGAAGUAGGGGCAGAGUGGAGGAAUUUUACCCGUGGGUAAUGUCUGGGAUGGACGCCAUGGAGGAGAGAUAGGGGAUGGUGGAGAUAUAAGAAGAGGACGGAAGAGCCUGGAGAUCUACAAGCAGAUCUUCUGGGCUGAAGCGUUUCCUUCCGAAUUAUUGCCAACAUGAAGACUUUCUUCUCUACCGUUGCUCUCGCGAGCGUGUUCUUCCUCGAGGCGGCCAAUGGCCAUUACAUUUUCCAACGCCUAACUGCCAACGGUGCCCAAGGCGGCGUAUAUCAAAACAUCCGCCAAAACACUAACAACAACUCGCCCGUCACCGAUCUCUCAUCCACCGAUCUCCGCUGCAACGUCGGCGGCGGCUCCGGCGCAUCGACAUCCACAGUUUCCGUGGCCGCGGGCUCGUCACUCACAUUUACCGCGGAUAUCGCAGUCUACCACCAAGGCCCCGUCUCUUUCUAUAUGACCAAAGUCUCCUCUGCUGCCAGUGCCGAUGGUUCGACCCCAUGGUUCAAAAUUAAGGAAAUAGGCCCGACGUUUCCUGGGGGCACCUGGGACCUUCAGCAAUCCUACUCGGUCAACAUUCCUUCCUGUGUCCCUGCUGGCGAGUAUCUGGUGCGCAUCGAGCAGCUUGCUAUUCAUAACCCGGGCGCGGCACCGCAGUUCUAUAUCUCGUGUGCGCAGGUCAAGGUUACGGGCGGCGGAAGCAAGAGCUUCAGCGGCGUGAGCAUCCCAGGGCAUGUGAAGGCCACGGAUCCGGGAUACACUGCCAAUAUCUAUAACAAUUUCAACAGCUACACGGUUCCUGGACCGAAGGUUAGCACCUGCUAGAUGGGCGUGGGCGCGGAAGUAGGAUUGGGACAU